UGAACAAAUCUGGUUUCCUUUUCUAUUGAGGUCAUUUUCUUUGACAGCCGUGAAGAAUGGCGGAAGGAGCUGAUGGAGAGGAGGAGAUCCAAUUCCUGCGAACAGACGAUCAGGUGGUUCUCCAGUGCACAGCGUCCAUUCUGAAAGAACAGAUCAAAGUGUGUCUGUCGUGUGAAGGCUUUGGGAAUCGACUGUGCUUCCUUGAAACCACCUCCAAUGCCCAGAAUGUUCCUCCAGACCUCGCCAUCUGCUGCUUCAUUCUGGAGCAGUCUCUGUCUGUCCGAGCCCUCCAGGAGAUGCUAUCCAACUCUUCUGUCGAUGAGGCUGUUGAUUUGGACAAAUGGUCAUCACAAGGAGGGGGUCAUCGAACCCUUCUGUACGGACACGCCAUCCUCCUGAAGCACACCCACUCUAGCAUGUACCUGAGCUGUCUGACGACUUCCCGCUCCCUGACGGAUAAACUGGCUUUUGAUGUUGGGUUGCAGGAAGACUCUACAGGAGAGGCCUGCUGGUGGACGAUACACCCAGCCUCUAAGCAAAGGUCUGAAGGUGAGAAGGUCAGAGUGGGAGAUGACCUCAUCCUUGUCAGUGUUUCUUCAGAGCGAUACCUGCAUCUAUCAUAUGCAAGUGGAGAUUUGAUGGUGGACGCCUCCUUCAUGCAAACUCUGUGGACCAUGACCCCUGUCAUGUCUGGAUGUGAACUAGCUGAAGGCUUCCUGACUGGAGGGUAUGUGCUCCGGAUGUUCCACGGUCACAUGGAUGAGUGCCUGGCCAUCCCAGGAGCUGACCAAGGAGAUGACCAGCGCAGAGUUGUUCAGUACGAAGGUGGGGCUGUGUGCAGUCACGCUCGGUCGCUAUGGAGACUUGAGCCUCUGCGCAUCGCUUGGAGUGGGGGUCACAUCAAAUGGGGCCAAUCUUUCCGGAUACGCCACAUAACAACAGGCAGGUAUCUGUGUCUGGACGAGGAGAAAGGACUUCUGUUGGUCGACCCAGAGAAAGCAAUUUCCAAGAUGUCAGCCUUCUGCUUCAGGAUUUCUAAGGAGAAAAUUGAAGUGACGCAGAAGAGGGAUGUGGAAGGCAUGGGGAUACCUGAGAUCAAGUAUGGAGAGUCCAUGUGUUUUGUUCAGCAUGUUUCAUCCGGCCUUUGGCUUACAUAUGCAGCUGUUGAUGCCAAGUCUGCACGUUUGGGGCCUCUAAAGCGAAAGGCCAUACUCCAUAAAGAAGGUCACAUGGACGACGCCCUCACAGUUGCCCGAUCUCAGACUGAAGAAUCUCAAGCUGCAAGGAUGAUUUACAGCACAACAGGCCUCUUCAACCAGUUCAUCAAGGGUCUGGAUGCACUCAGCGGGAAAAAUAAAUCAGCCAACCCCCCCUCUCUACCUAUGGAUGCUGUUGCGCUUUCACUGCAGGACCUUAUAUUCUACUUUCGACCUCCAGAGGAGGAACUGGAGCAUGAAGAUAAGCAGUUUAAACUCCGUUCCCUCAAGAAUAGACAGAACCUUUUCCAGGAGGAGGGAAUGAUUACUUUGGUUCUUGACUGUGUUGAUCGACUCAAUGUGUACAACACAGCUGCCCACUUCUCAGAAUAUGCUGGCGAAGAAGCUGCUGAGUCAUGGAAAGAGAUCGUUAACUUGCUCUAUGAAUUAUUAGCCUCUCUGAUCCGAGGAAAUCGAGCAAACUGUGCUCUGUUCUGUGACAAUCUGGACUGGCUGGUUAGUAAACUGGAUCGUUUGGAAGCCUCUUCAGGAAUCCUGGAAGUUUUAUAUUGUGUUCUUAUUGAAAGUCCAGAAGUUUUAAAUAUUAUCCAGGAGAAUCACAUCAAAUCCAUAAUUUCUCUUUUGGACAAGCAUGGGCGGAACCACAAGGUCUUGGAUGUGUUGUGCUCUCUCUGUGUGUGUAACGGUGUUGCUGUGAGGUCCAAUCAGAACCUCAUCACAGAGAACCUCCUCCCAGGUCGUGAUCUCCUCCUGCAGACCAGCAUCAUCAACUACGUAACUAGCAUGAGACCCAACAUUUUCCUGGGAACCUGUGAGGGAUCCACUCAGUAUAAGAAGUGGUAUUUUGAGGUCAUGGUGGAUCACAUAGAGCCGUUCCUCACUGCUCAGCCGUACCAUCUACGGGUGGGCUGGGCACUGACUGAGGGUUACAGUCCUUAUCCUGGGGGUGGAGAAGGCUGGGGGGGCAAUGGAGUAGGGGAUGACCUCUAUUCCUAUAGUUUUGACGGGCUUCACCUGUGGUCAGGGCGUGUUCCCCGUCUGGUUGCUUCUCACAGUCAGCACACUCUUUCGGCGGACGACGUCGUCAGCUGUUGUUUGGAUUUGAGCGUUCCCAGUAUCUCCUUCCGGAUUAAUGGACAGCCGGUUCAGGGAAUGUUUGAAAACUUCAACUUGGAUGGUCUUUUCUUCCCAGUGGUCAGCUUCUCCGCAGGCAUUAAGCUGCGAUUUCUUCUUGGAGGCCGCCAUGGGGAUUUCAAAUUCCUCCCACCUCCAGGGUAUGCUCCGUGCUACGAAGCAGUCUUGCCCAGAGACCGUUUGCGGAUUGAGCCCAUCAAGGAAUAUAAGCAUGACUUUGACGGGGUUCGCAAUCUACUCGGGCCAACUCAGUCCCUCUCACACACAGCAUUCACCCCUUGCCCUGUGGACACAAUACAGAUUGUGCUUCCUCCACAUUUGGAGCGCAUUCGGGAAAAACUUGCAGAAAACAGCCAUGAGUUGUGGGCUGUUACCCGUAUUGAACAAGGAUGGACAUUUGGACCAUUUCGUGACGACAACAAGAAGCUGCACCCCUGCCUGGUGGAUUUUCAGAGUCUGCCUGAACCAGAGAAGAAUUAUAAUUUAGCAAUGUCAGGGGAGACACUAAAGACUCUGCUGGCUCUUGGCUGUCAUGUUGGUAUGGGAGACGAGAAAGCCGAGGAAAACUUGAAAAGGACCAAGCUUCCCAAAACGUACAUGCAGAGUAAUGGGUACAAGCCAGCUCCUCUGGACCUGAAUCAUGUCAAACUGACCCCCAAUCAAAACACUCUGGUGGAGAGACUGGCAGAAAACGGACACAAUGUGUGGGCGAGAGACCGAGUCCGCCAGGGCUGGACUUACAGUAUCGGUCAGGACAUUAUGAACAAGCGCAAUCCACGUUUGGUGCCCUACAACCUGCUGGAUGAAAAGACUAAAAAGACCAACAGAGAGACCGUCUGUGCAGCAGUUCGCACUCUCAUUGGCUACGGUUACAACAUAGAACCACCCGACCAGGAGAGCAGUGGCCAUGGAGCAGGCAACUCUCGAGAGGAUAAAAUCCGACUGUUCAGAGCAGAGAAGUCGUUUGCUGUUACGCAGGGAAGGUGGUACUUUGAAUUUGAAGCUGUCACGGUAGGAGAGAUGAGAGUGGGCUGGGCCAGGCCAAGCGUCCGUGCACACACUGAACUCGGAGCAGACGAGUUGGCCUACGUCUUCAACGGCUACAAGGCUCAGCGCUGGCAUGUGGGAAACGAGCCAUUUGGCCGCCAGUGGCAGUCAGGUGAUGUGGUGGGAUGUAUGAUUGACCUUGUGGAGAUGAACAUCAUGUUUACACUCAAUGGAGAGAUGUUGAUCAGCGAUUCUGGCUCAGAAAUGGCUUUUAAAGAUAUUGAGAUAGGAGAGGGUUUCAUACCUGUGUGCAGUCUGGGCAUGUCUCAGGUUGGUAGGAUUAACCUGGGUCAGAAUGUCAGCAGUCUGCGUUAUUUUACUAUCUGCGGUCUGCAAGAAGGAUUUGAACCUUUUGCUAUCAAUAUGAAAAGAGAUAUCACUAUGUGGUUCAGUAAAAGCCUUCCCCAGUUCAUCAUUACACCAACCGAUCAUCCUCAUAUUGAGGUGUCACGCGUUGAUGGAACAGUGGACACCCCUCCUUGCCUCAAGGUGACCCACAAGACAUUCGGGUCUCAGAACGCCAACACAGAUCUGCUGUUCCUCCGACUCAGCAUGCCGAUUGAGUUCCACGAGACCUUCAAAGUCCCUGCUGGUACGACACUUCUGACCCGUGCCCUGACGGUGCCAGAGGAUGACGUUUUAGAGGUGGACCCAGACUCUGACUUUGAGAUCCUCAAAAAGUCAGCAUCUCGCAAAGAGCAAGAAGAGGAAAAAAAAGAGCCAUCUGUGCCAAAGGAAACCCCUGCCUUCAAGAAUGGGGAGAAUGAGAAGGAUGCUUCUACUGAAAAAAGCAAGAAGAGAGGAUUCCUUUUCAAGGCAAAGAAAGCUGCAUUGAUCACACCACCGCCUGUUGUUCCCACCUUGCCCCGCUUAGUGGAGGAUGUUGUGCCAGACGACCGGGAUGACAUGGACAUAAUCCUCAACACAACAACAUAUUACUACUCGGUGAGGAUCUUCGCAGGUCAAGAACCAGGAGGUGUGUGGGUGGGCUGGAUCACUCCUGACUAUCAUCAGUAUGAUCUUCACUUUGAUCUCAGCAAAGUAAGAAAUGUCACUGUCACUGUUGGUGACGAUAAAGGCAACAUCCAUGAUAGCAUCAAGCGCAGCAACUGCUACAUGGUGUGGGCAGGGGAGUUCAGCGGCUCCCAGCAGACCCGAGUCAGUCAGGAAGACUUUGUGAUUGGGUGUCUUGUUGACUUGGACACAGGACUCAUGACGUUCACAGCCAAUGGAAAAGAGAUAAACACUUUUUAUCAGGUGGAGCCAAACACAAAACUCUUUCCAGCUGUCUUUGUGCUGCCUUCCAAUCAGAACAUGGUCCAGUUUGAACUUGGGAAGCUGAAGAACAUCAUGCCAAUUUCAGCUGCCAUGUUCCGAAGUGAACGCAAAAACAUUGUGCCUCAAUGUCCUCCCCGACUGGAUGUCCAGAUGCUAACUCCGGUCAUCUGGAGCCGAAUGCCCAACCAUUUCUUGGCUCCGGAGACUGGACGUGUCAGUGAGCGACUCGGCUGGAUGGUGCAGUGUCAGGAUCCUCUCACCAUGAUGGCUCUCCACAUCCCAGAAGAAAACAGAUGCAUUGACAUCCUGGAGCUUUCUGAACGAAUGGACUUACUAAAGUUCCACUAUCAUACUCUCAAGCUGUAUGGCUCAGUGUGCGCUUUGGGCAACAACCGUGUGGCGCAUGCUUUGUGCAGCUACGUCGAUGAAUCCCAGCUCUUCUAUGCCAUAGAGAACACCUACCUUCCUGGGCCAAUGAGGAGCGGUUUCUAUGACUUGCUCAUCAGCAUGCACCUUGAGUCUGCAAAACGGAACCGCCUGGGAACAAACAAGGAAUUCAUCGUGCCGAUGACUAAUGAAACCCGUAGUAUCACUCUGUACACUGCCAAAUCUCAUGCUCUGCCGGGGGUUGGCCUCACCACAUGUCUCCGCCCACAACUUCAUUUCUCCCCUGUUGGGUUUGUGGGAACAGAUCCAGACAUUUACACUCUUAGUCCAAUCAUUCCCUUACAGGUGCUAAAAAUCAAAGCUCUUAAUAUGCUGAUUGAAGCCGUGCAAGACGGAAGUCAAGCUAUGAGAGAUCCUGUUGGAGGCAGCGUUGAGUUUCAUUUCGUUCCUAUCCUGAAACUCAUCAGCACCCUCCUGAUAAUGGGGGUGUUCGAUGACGACGACGUAACACAUAUCCUAAAAAUGAUUGAGCCCAAUGUCUUCAACCCCAAAAAGCAGGAGGAGUCUGUAGAGGAAACAGCAGAGAAGGAGCCACAAAGGGUGGCAGAGGUCAAAGAGGAGAAGCAGGAGGCUUAUAUAGAAGAGGAAUACGAAGAUUAUGGUUUGGGCGAAGAGGAGGAAGAAGAAGAAGAAGAAGAAAUGGAUGAGGAGGAAGAGAAGGCAGCUUUUGAUGCCUCACACCAGGAAGCUGCAGAAGAAGCUGACCAGCUGAAUGGUGAAAAAGGAGCAGAGGAAACAGAGAAAGAGGUGAAGCCUGUGGAGACGAGUGGGGAGGCUAAGGACGAACAUCUAGAGCAAGGCCUUUUCCAGAUGAAGUUACCAGAGUCCGUCAAACUACAGAUGUGCACUCUUCUGCAGUACUUCUGUGACUGUGAACUACGCCACAGAGUAGAGGCCAUCAUUGCCUUUUCCGACAAGUUUGUCACUCAGAUACAGACUAACCAGAGGCAGCGCUACAAUGAACUCAUGCAGGCCUUCACCAUGACGGCUGCUGAGACUGCACGAAAGACGAGAGAAUUUCGCUCGCCGCCUCAGGAGCAGGUCAACAUGCUCAUGAACUUUAAAAACUGCCUCGAGGAUGAGGAACCUCCAGUCCCUGAUGAUGUUCGGGAAUCCUUGUUGGUUUUUCACAAUGCCAUACUAUUGCACUGUGGCGUUCACAUUGAAGAGGAAGAGGAGGAGGAAGUAGUGGAUAACUCUGUCCGUGGACGUUUGCUUCGUUUGCUGGAAAAGGUGAAAAAAUUCAGAGAAAAGAAGGUGGAGGUGGAGCCUGAAACCCAGGAAGACAAAAAACCAAGCACUUUACAGGAGCUGAUUUCCCAUACUAUGAUCCACUGGGCCCAAGAGUCGUUUAUCCAGAACCCUGAGCUCGUCCGUAUGAUGUUCAGCCUCCUCCACAGACAGUACGAUGGGCUGGGCGAGCUCAAGCGUGCCCUUCCCAAGGCUUACACCAUCAAUGAGGUGUCCAUUCAGGACACCAUGGACCUGCUGGAGUGUCUGGGUCAGAUCCGGUCACUGCUGAUUGUGCAGAUGGGUCCAGAAGAGGAGAGGCUCAUAAUUCAAAGCAUUGGGAACAUCAUGAGUAACAGAGUUUUCUACCAGCACCCCAACCUGAUGCGAGCUCUGGGCAUGCACGAAACUGUCAUGGAGGUCAUGGUUAAUGUGCUGGGCGGAGGAGACUCGAAGGAGAUCAGAUUCCCUCGAGUGGUGACAAACUGCUGUCGCUUUCUCUGCUACUUCUGUCGCAUCAGUCGUCAGAACCAGCGCUCCAUGUUUGAUCACCUGAGCUACCUUCUUCAGAACAGUGGCAUUGGUCUUGGAAUGCGAGGCUCCACUCCUCUGGAUGUGGCAGCAGCGUCUUGCAUUGACAAUAAUGAACUGGCACUGGCUCUCCAGGAGCAAGACUUAGAAAUGGUGGUGAAAUAUUUAGCUGGUUGUGGACUUCAGAGUUGUCCCAUGCUGCUGGCUAAAGGCUACCCCGACAUCGGCUGGAACCCCUGUGGUGGAGAAAAAUACCUGGACUUUCUUCGUUUUGCUGUUUUCGUCAAUGGAGAAAGCGUUGAAGAGAAUGCCAACGUGGUCGUACGUCUUCUCAUCCGCCGACCUGAGUGCUUUGGCCCAGCUCUGAGGGGCGAGGGUGGAAAUGGACUCUUGGCUGCUAUAGAGGAAGCCAUCAAAAUAUCUGAGGACCCUGCGAGGGAUGGUCCCAGUGUAAAGAAAGACAGACGUUUUCCCAUGUUUGGAGGAGAGGAGCAGCACGAGGAGAACAGGGUCCACCUGGGCAACGCCAUCAUGUCCUUCUACUCUGCUCUUAUCGACCUGCUGGGCCGCUGUGCUCCGGAGAUGCAUUUGAUUCAAGCUGGCAAAGGAGAGGCUCUAAGAAUCAGAGCCAUCCUGAGGUCUCUGGUUCCCAUUGAGGAUUUGGUGGGAGUUAUCAGUCUUCCUCUGCAGAUUCCCUCUUUUGGAAAAGACAACAGUAUCAUCGAGCCAAAGAUGUCGGCUAGUUUUGUGCCGGAUCACAAGGCCCCCAUGGUGUUGUUCCUGGACAGAGUUUACGGCAUUGACAACCAGGACUUCCUACUCCACGUGCUUGAGGUGGGCUUUUUGCCAGACAUGAGGGCUGCUUCCUCUCUGGACACGGCUGCUUUCAGCACCACAGAGAUGGCGCUGGCUUUGAACCGCUACCUGUGUUCUGCUGUGUUGCCGCUCAUCACAAAGUGUGCGCCGCUUUUUGCUGGCAGUGACCACAGAGCCAUUAUGAUCGACUCAAUGCUGCACACCAUCUAUCGGUUGUCUCGAGGACGAGCCUUUACAAAGGCUCAAAGAGACAUCAUUGAAGAAUGUCUCAUGGCUUUGUGCAAGCAUCUGCGUCCAUCCAUGCUUCAGCACCUGCUGAGACGGCUGGUGUUUGAUGUGCCCAUCCUCAAUGAGUAUGCCAAGAUGCCUCUCAAACUUUUAACCAAUCACUAUGAGCGUUGCUGGAAAUAUUAUUGCCUUCCUAAUGGUUGGGCCAACUUCGGAGUUGCCUCUGAAGAAGAACUGCAUUUGACGCGAAAACUUUUCUGGGGGAUUUUUGAGUCGCUUGCUCACAAGAAAUUCGAUGCUGAAAUAUUCAAAAUUUCAAUGCCGUGCAUCUGUGCCAUUGCUGGAGCCAUACCUCCGGAUUACGUAGAUGCAAGCUACUGCUCUAAAACUGAGAAAAAGGCAUCGGUAGAUGCAGAGGGAAACUUUGAUCCAAAACCAAUUGAUACCACAAACACGAUUAUCCCAGAAAGACUGGAUCCAUUCAUCAACAAGUAUGCUGAAUACACACAUGACAAAUGGGCUUUUGAGAAGAUUCAGAACAACUGGUCAUAUGGGGAGGUGCUGGAUGAAAAUGCAAAAAGUCAUCCCAUGCUCAGACCAUACAAAACCUUCUCAGAGAAGGACAAAGAGAUCUACCGCUGGCCAAUCAAAGAGUCAAUUAAGGCCAUGCUGGCAUGGGAAUGGAACAUUGAAAAAGCUAGAGAGGAAGAGGAGUCAGAGAAGAAGAAAACGACAGCUCGAAAAAUCUCUCAGACUGCUCAGGCGACAUAUGACCCCAGCCAUGGCUACAGUCCUCAGCCCAUUGACAUCUCACACAUGGCUCUCUCCAGAGACCUGCAGUCAAUGGCAGAGCAACUAGCAGAAAACUAUCAUAACACCUGGGGUCGUAAGAAGAAGUUAGAGCUGCAGUCCAAGGGUGGAGGAACACACCCUCUUCUGGUUCCCUAUGAUACACUGACAGCAAAAGAGAAGGCCCGAGACCGAGAGAAAGCCUAUGAGUUGCUCAAGUUCCUGCAGCUUAAUGGAUAUGCUGUCACUCGGGGCCUGAAAGACAUGGAGUCAGAAAUAUCAUCCAUAGAGAAGAGGUUUGCUUAUGGCUUCCUACAAAAGCUGUUGAAAUGGAUGGAAAUCGCUCAAGAGUUCAUUGCUCAUCUCGAGGCUGUGGUUAGCAGUGGGCGAGUGGAAAAGUCUCCACACGAACAAGAGAUCAAAUUCUUUGCAAAGAUCUUGAUGCCCCUGAUCAACCAGUAUUUUAAGAACCAUUGCCUCUACUUCUUAUCGACACCUGCAAAGGUCCUGGGUAGUGGGGGUCACUCCUCCAAUAAAGAGAAGGAGAUGAUUGCAAGUAUCUUCUGUAAAAUGUCUGCAUUGGUGAGGCACAGAGUUUCUCUUUUUGGAACGGAUGCUUCGGCAAUCGUUAACUGUCUUCAUAUUCUGGCUCGAUCGCUGGAUGCAAGGACGGUCAUGAAGUCAGGGCCUGAGAUUGUGAAAGCAGGUCUGCGGUCCUUCUUUGAAAGUGCAGCUGAUGAUAUAGAGAAGAUGGUAGAAAAUCUUAAACUCGGAAAAGUAUCUAAAGGAAACCAGCAAGUGAAAGGCGUGUCCCAGAACAUCAACUACACAACCAUCGCCCUCCUUCCGGUGCUCACAUCCCUGUUUGAUCAUGUUGCUCAACACCAGUUUGGAGAUGAUGUCAUAUUGGAUGAUCUACAGAUGUCCUGCUAUCGCAUGAUGUGUAGCAUCUACUCCUUAGGGACUGUCAAGAACCCACAUGUUGAAAGGCAGAGACCAGCUUUGGGAGAGUGUCUUGCUCACCUUGCAGCAGCUAUGCCAGUGGCCUACUUGGAGCCCCAUCUGAACAAAUAUAAUGCUUUCUCUGUCUACACUACAAAGACACCUAGAGAGAGAGCCAUCCUGGGUCUUCCCAAUGAGGUCCAGGAAUUAUGUCCAGACAUUCCAGAGCUGGAUGCUCUCCUCAAAGAAAUUGGAGACUUGGCAGAAUCUGGGGCUCGCUACACCGAGAUGCCACACGUCAUUGAGAUCACUUUGCCUAUGCUGUGUAAUUAUCUGCCACGCUGGUGGGAAAGAGGGUUUGAAAACUUUCCUGAGAUGGAGGGCCAACUCUGCACCGACGUAACAUCCGAACAUCUUAACCAGUUGUUGGGCAGCAUCAUGAAGAUUGUAGUCAACAAUCUGGGUAUUGAUGAGGCGUCGUGGAUGAAGAGGCUGGCAGUCUUUUCACAGCCUAUAGUUAGCAGGGCAAAGCCAGAGAUGCUUAAAUCACACUUUAUUCCAACAAUGGAAAAGCUGAAGAAGCGCACCUCAAAGGUGGUGGCGGAGGAGGACCAUUUACGCAUGGAGGGGAAGACAGAGGGGGACGAGGAGGACGGCACAAUACGAGAUGAGUUUGCUGUCCUCUGUAGAGACUUGUACGCCCUCUAUCCUCUCCUUAUCCGAUACGUGGACAAUAACAGGGCGAGGUGGCUGACAUGCCCUGAUCCAGAUGCAGAAGAACUCUUCAGAAUGGUCGGAGAGGUCUUCAUAUUCUGGUCCAAGUCUCAUAACUUCAAGCGGGAGGAGCAGAACUUUGUAGUGAUGAAUGAAAUCAAUAACAUGUCAUUCCUCACUGCUGACAGCAAGAGCAAAAUGAGCAAGGGCGGGGACACAGAGGGUGGAGGUUCAGAUACGGAACGAACAAAGAAAAAGAGACGAGGCGAUCGCUACUCUGUCCAGACGUCACUCAUUGUUGCUGCCUUGAAAAAGAUGCUUCCCAUAGGCCUCAACAUGUGCUCCCCCGCCGACCAAGAGCUCAUCAACUUGGCUAAAAUCCGCUACUCUUUGAGAGACACUGAUGAGGAAGUGAGGGAGUUUUUGCAGAACAACCUGCAUCUUCAGGGGAAGGUCGACAAUCCGUCUAUGCGCUGGCAGAUGGCUCUUUACAAAGAGAUGGCAGGAAAGGCUGAAGAUGCUGACGCUCCCAUGAAGGUUGUGAAGAGAGUGCAGGAAGUUUCUGCUGUACUCUAUCACCUUGAAGUGACGGAGCAUCCUUUUAAGUCCAAGAAGAUGGUGUGGCACAAGCUUCUGUCCAAGCAGAGACGCAGAGCCGUGGUCGCCUGCUUUAGGAUGACCCCGCUGUACAACAUUGCAAGGCACAGAGCCUCCAACAUGUUUCUGGAGGGAUACAAGCGCAACUGGCUUCACACUGAGGGAUUCUCAUUUGAAGAUAGGAUGAUAGAUGACUUAUCUAAAGCAAUGGAGCAAGAGGAAGGGGAUGAGGAGGAGGAGAAGGAAACAAAGCCAGAUCCCCUUCAUCAGCUGAUUUUACACUUCAGUCGUACGGCUCUAACAGAAAAGAGUAAACUUGACACAGACCACCUCUAUAUGGCAUAUGCAGAUAUUAUGGCAAAGAGUUGCCACAUUGAUGACGAAGAUGAAGGGGGAGAGGAUAUGAUGGAAAACUCUGAAGAUGAGAUGUCCUUUGAGGUGCGACAGUCAGAACUGGAGAAGGAAAUGGAAAAGCAGAGGCUCCUGUACCAGCAGUCCAGGCUGCAUAACCGUGGAGCUGCAGAGAUGGUGCUGCAAAUGAUCAGCGCCUGCAAAGGUGAAACGGGUCCGAUGGUUUCUACGACGCUCAAGCUGGGUAUUUCCAUUCUUAACGGUGGGAAUAGUGAGGUUCAGCGUAAAAUGUUGGAAUAUUUGAAGGACAAAAAGGAUGUGGGUUUCUUUCUGAGUAUACAGGCUUUGAUGCAGACUUGCUGCGUCCUGGAUCUUAAUGCCUUUGAAAGGCAGAAUAAAGCUGAGGGGCUCGGGAUGGUUUCUGAAGAAGGAACUAAUGAAAAAGUCAUGGCAGAUGAUGAGUUCACCUGUGACCUCUUCCGUUUCUUGCAGCUGCUCUGUGAAGGCCACAAUAACGAUUUUCAGAACUACUUACGGACACAAACAGGAAGCACGACCACCAUCAAUGUCAUCAUUUGCACUGUAGAUUACCUUCUACGACUCCAGGAAUCUAUCAGUGAUUUUUACUGGUAUUACUCUGGUAAAGAUAUCAUCGAUGAUCCGGGCAAAAAGAAUUUCUCCAAAGCUAUGACCGUGGCAAAGCAGAUUUUCAACAGUUUAACUGAAUAUAUACAGGGUCCAUGCACUGGCAACCAGCAAUCCCUGGCCCACAGCAGACUGUGGGACGCUAUCGUCGGCUUCCUUCACGUCUUUGCGCACAUGAUGAUGAAGCUGGCUCAGGACUCCAGUCAAAUUGGCUUGUUGAAGGAACUUCUUGACCUCCAGAAAGACAUGGUUGUUAUGUUAUUGUCACUGUUGGAGGGGAAUAUUGUAAAUGGUACAAUCGCACGGCAGAUGGUGGACAUGUUAGUGGAGUCCUCCAGCAACGUCGAAAUGAUUCUCAAGUUCUUUGACAUGUUCUUGAAGCUGAAGGACAUUGUAGCUUCUGAUGCUUUCCGUGACUACGUCACAGACCCUCGUGGUUUGAUCUCCAAGAAGGACUUCCAAAAGGCCAUGGACAGCCAGAAACAAUACUCCCCCUCAGAGAUCCAGUUUCUCUUAUCGUGCUCGGAAGCAGAUGAGAAUGACAUGAUCAAUUAUGAGGAGUUUGCCAGUCGUUUCCAAGAGCCGGCAAAGGACAUUGGCUUCAACAUUGCAGUGCUGCUCACCAACCUGUCUGAGCAUGUGCCUCAUGACACCAGGCUGCAGAACUUUCUGGGACAAGCAGAAAGUGUGCUCAACUAUUUCCGCCCUUUCCUUGGCCGAAUUGAGAUAAUGGGCGCCAGCAGAAAGAUCGAACGCAUCUAUUUUGAGAUUAGUGAAGUUAACCGUAGGCAGUGGGAAAUGCCUCAAGUGAGGGAGUCCAAACGGCAGUUCAUAUUUGACGUCGUCAACGAGGGUGGUGAGUCAGAGAAGAUGGAGAUGUUUGUUAAUUUCUGUGAGGACACCAUCUUUGAGAUGAACAUUGCCUCUCAAAUUUCCGAACAAGAGGAGGAGGGCAAGGGGGAAGAGGAUGAUGAAGGAGAUGAGGGUGGAGGUGAGGGAGGACCAGGUGGAGGAGGUGAAGAGGACAGCAACGGUGAAGAGGGGCAGCCUGAAUCCUCCUCUGCCUUUGUUGAUUUUAUUAACAGCAUGUUGAGCUUUCUCAGCAUUUUCACCUUCCGUAACCUUCGCAGGCAGUACAGGAGAAUAAGAAAGAUGACUUUCAAAGAGAUCAUUGUGGCUGUUUCCAUUUUUUUCUGGACCAUCCUGAUGAGUAUUCUGCACUUUAUUUACAAUGUAUGCAAAGGCUUCUUCAUGAUCAUUUGGCAAGCUCUGUUUGGGGGCGGACUGGUCGAAGGAGCUAAAAAUAUCACGGUCACUGAGAUUCUAGCAAGCAUGCCGGACCCCACCCAGGACGAUGUACAUGGGGAUGGACCAGGAGAGCUCAGAACAGGUGAAGAACAAGACACCGGAGGGGUAAGCGACCCCGGUGAACCGGGGAGUGGCGAAGAGGAAGAGGAGGAUACUCAAGAAAACGAAGGUGGAAGGAUGCCGGGUAUGGAUGCUCCGGGUGGGCUUGGAGAUAUGGGGGUAGAAACUCCAGUUGAGCCUCCGACUCCAGAGGGGACUCCCAUAACUAAAAGGAAAAUGGGACCAGAAGAAACUGAUGCGACCCAAAAACCAGCAGAACCACCGCCCCCAGAAGAAGUUCCACCAGAACCUGAAAAGGCUGAUGUUGAAACUGGAGAGAAACCAGAGAAAGAGUCCCCGAGCAGUGAAAUGGAGGAGCCAAAAAAAACACCAAAAUCAGCAGCAAAAAAAGAAAAGAAGCUGAAACGGGAAGUAGGAUUUCAAAUCUGGACUGAGCUGGAAACCCAGAGAAACAAAUUCAUGAACUAUCUAUCCAGAAACUUCUACAACCUGCGUUUUCUGGCUCUGUUCCUUGCUUUUGCCCUGAACUUUAUUCUCCUGUUCUACAAAGUGUCUGAAAUUCCCCCAGAAGGGGAGGAACUCGAAGGAUCUGGAUUCUCAGAAGGCAGCGGGCUGUUUGGGGGAUCAGGCUUGUUUGAAGGUUCUGGAGAAGAAGCUGAGGGAUCGGGAAUGAGUGAAGGAGGAGACGAAGAGGAAGAAGAUGUCCCAGUUUAUUACUACCUGGAAGAAAGCACUGGAUACAUGCAGCCAACACUGGCCUUCCUCGCUAUCUUGCACACAGUGAUUUCCUUUAUCUGUAUCAUUGGCUACAACUGUCUGAAGAUUCCACUGGUGAUUUUCAAGAGGGAGAAAGAACUUGCAAGAAAGCUAGAGUUUGACGGCCUUUACAUCACUGAGCAACCUGAGGAUGACGACAUUAAGGGCCAGUGGGAUCGACUGGUUCUCAAUACACCCUCAUUUCCAAACAACUACUGGGACAAAUUUGUGAAACGCAAGGUUCUAGACAAGUACGGAGAUAUUUACGGUCGAGAAAGAAUCGCUGAGCUUCUCGGUGUUGACUUAGCCUCCUUGGAUGUGAGUCAACAACAUGAAAAGAAACAGGAGGAGCCAGACAACUCUGUGUUUGCAUGGGUGAUCUCCAUUGACAUCAAGUACCAGAUCUGGAAAUUUGGGGUUGUAUUUACAGAUGGCACUUUCUUGUAUCUGUGCUGGUACUUGGUGAUGUCUCUGCUUGGCCAUUACAACAACUUCUUCUUUGCCUGUCACCUUCUGGACAUUGCCAUGGGAGUCAAGACUCUUCGUACAAUCUUGUCUUCUGUCACUCACAAUGGCAAACAGCUCAUGAUGACAGUGGGGCUGCUGGCUGUGGUGGUGUACCUUUACACUGUGGUUGCUUUCAAUUUCUUCCGCAAGUUUUACAACAAAAGCGAGGAUGAGGAUGAGCCCGACAUGAAAUGUGACGACAUGAUGACCUGUUAUCUGUUCCACAUGUAUGUGGGCGUGAGAGCUGGUGGAGGCAUCGGUGAUGAGAUAGAGGAUCCCGCUGGAGACGAAUACGAGCUUUAUCGAGUGGUCUUUGAUAUCACUUUUUUCUUCUUCGUCAUUGUCAUCCUGUUGGCCAUUAUUCAGGGUUUGAUCAUUGAUGCUUUUGGUGAGCUCAGAGACCAACAGGAGCAGGUUAAGGAGGAUAUGGAGACAAAGUGCUUCAUAUGUGGCAUCGGAAGUGACUAUUUUGACACAACACCACAUGGCUUUGAGACCCACACUUUUGAUGAACACAACCUUGCUAACUACUUGUUUUUCUUGAUGUAUUUGAUCAACAAAGAUGAGACAGAGCAUACUGGGCAGGAGUCAUACGUGUGGAAGAUGUACCAAGAACGAUGCUGGGACUUCUUUCCUGCUGGAGAUUGUUUCAGGAAACAGUAUGAAGAUCAGCUUUCAUAAGCUUUCCCCAAUGAGGGCUCAAACGAUGACUGCUGAAUCACAGCCCUCUAAAAUCCUAAUUUUUCCUAAUAAAUGUUCAGGGAUUUUCAUAAAUGAUCGAUCACAAUGUGCUUGCUGGGAACUAUCAUUUUUAAACUGAGAUUCCAAUUAAAUAAAAUCUCAUUCAGGUCAUUUUAAGGAUGACUGUAUGAAAAACUAACUCAGAAAGGGCUUGUUUUUAAGUCAACGAUCAGAUUAAUUAAAUCUGAUGUUUGAACAAAAAGGUAAAAUAUCAGCACUUAAAUUAUAAAUCUUUUACAAAAGAUAUUAGGAAUGUGUUUUUGAGAAUGUGACAGUUAAUUUAAAGGGUUCUACUAUAUAAAUAAAAAAAAUACUAAAACAGCAUAAUAGUGGACGUUUUACACUGUAUUGCGGAAGACAGUAAAGGUUAGUUUUAUGUAUCUUUUUUUAAAUUUUGUUUAAAUUUACAAUGAUUUCUUUGUGUUCUGAUUGUUGUACCAAACGUGUGGUUUAUUUAAUAUAAUCCUCGUUUGAUUUUAAAUUGUUAUCCUUCAAAAAUGUAACUCUUGAAUUGUGAACAUAUUCUUACGAUUAAUAAAAGUGACGUGUCAAACUCUU